GGCCUGGCGGCCGCGGCACUAAACUCCUGCCCCGACAGGUGAGCGCCGCGCGCAGGAAUGCGGCGGGCCUGACUCACCAGCGCCUCCUUCCUACCUGCCGCCCGCCCCAUAAAGCGGUCCCCUCCCCGCCGCCGCCCGCCCUCCCUGCAGCCCGUCCUCCGGACGGUCCCGGCUCGCCCGCGCGCUACAGCCCGAGCCGCCGAGCGGAGCCCAGCGCGGGGAGGGCGCGAGUCCGCGCCAGGGUAGGUCCAGCCUCGGAGCGCGGCUGGCAGGACGCGGGAGGGCAGUCGUGGGGUCGCCGACCGCACCCCGCCGUCCCUCCAGUGCCCCGGGCCGCCAGAGCUUGGCGCCCAUUCUGGGACCUCCGAGGGAAGAAGAAAGUGCGCAUCCCAGCCUGGGUAGCUGCGCAGGAGGAAGAGGAUGGCAGGGCUGCAUUCCAGCCCGUGGACCAGGCUGCUGCUGGCAGCCCUGCUGAGCCUCAGUGUCCCCGGGGCCAUGGCAAACCGCUGCAAGAAAGCCCAGGUGAAGAGCUGCACCGAGUGCAUCCGCGUGGACAAGGACUGUGCCUACUGCGCCGACGAGAUGUUCAAGGAACGGCGCUGUAACACCCACGCAGAGCUGCUGGCUGCGGGCUGCCGGCAGGAGAGCGUGGUGGUCAUGGAGAGCAGCUUCGAGAUCACAGAGGAAACCCUGAUCGACACCACCCUACGACGCAGCCAGGUGUCCCCCCAGGGGCUGCGGGUGCGGCUGCGGCCCGGCGAGGAGCAACACUUUGAGCUGCAGGUGUUCGAGCCCCUGGAGAGCCCCAUGGACCUGUAUAUUCUCAUGGACUUCUCCAACUCCAUGUCUGACGAUCUGGACAACCUCAAGAAGAUGGGGCAGGAUCUGGCCCAGGUCCUGAGGCAGCUCACCAGUGACUACACUAUUGGAUUUGGCAAGUUUGUGGACAAAGUCAGCGUCCCUCAGACGGACAUGAGGCCUGAGAAGCUGAAGGAGCCCUGGCCCAACAGUGACCCCCCCUUCUCCUUCAAGAAUGUCAUCAGCCUGACAGAGGAUGUGGAGGAGUUCCGAAGUAAGCUGAAGGAAGAGCGGAUCUCGGGCAACCUGGACGCCCCCGAAGGAGGUUUCGAUGCCAUCUUGCAGACGGCCGUGUGCACCGGGGACAUUGGCUGGCGCCCCGACAGCACCCACUUGCUGGUGUUCUCCACCGAGUCAGCCUUCCACUACGAGGCCGACGGGGCCAACGUGCUGGCCGGCAUCAUGAAGCGCAACGACGAGGAGUGCCACCUGGACGCCACGGGCACCUACACCCAGUACAGGGCGCAGGACUACCCGUCGGUGCCCACCCUGGUGCGCCUGCUCGGCCAGCACAACAUCAUCCCCAUCUUCGCCGUCACCAACUACUCCUACAGCUACUACGAGAAGCUGUCCUCGUAUUUCCCUGUCUCCUCACUGGGGGUGCUGCAGGAGGACUCGUCCAACAUCGUGGAGCUGCUGCAGGAUGCCUUCAAUCGCAUUCGCUCCAACCUGGACAUCCGGGCCCUAGAAAGCCCCCGAGGCCUGCGGACAGAGGUCACCUCCAAGAUGUUUCAGAAGACGGACACUGGGUCCUUUCUCAUCCGGCGGGGGGAGGUGGGCACGUACCAAGUGCAGCUGCGGGCUAUCGAGGACUUGGAUGGGACCCAUGUGUGCCAGCUGCCAGAAGCGGACCAGAAGGGCAACAUCCAUCUGAAACCCUCCUUCUCCAAUGGCCUCAGGAUGGACGUGGACAUCAUUUGUGACCUGUGUGCCUGUGAGCUGCAAAAAGAGGAACAAUCACCUCGCUGCAGCUCCCACGGGGACUUCAUGUGCGGACAGUGUGUGUGCAACGAGGGCUGGAGCGGCAAGACCUGUAACUGCCGCACCGGCUCCCUGAGCGACCUGGAGCCCUGCCUGCGGGAGGGCGAGGACAAGCCAUGCUCGGGGCGGGGCGAGUGCCAGUGCGGGCACUGCGUGUGCUACGGCGAAGGCCGCUACGAGGGUCCGUUCUGCGAGUACGACAACUUCCAGUGCCCCCGCACCUCCGGCUUCCUCUGCAACGAUCGGGGACGCUGCUCCAUGGGCCAGUGUGAGUGUGAGCCUGGCUGGACAGGGUUGAGCUGUGACUGUCCUCUCAGUAAUGCCACCUGCAUCGAUAGCAACGGGGGUAUCUGUAACGGGCGAGGCUACUGUGAGUGUGGCCGCUGCCACUGCAACCAACAGUCGCUGUACACAGACACCACCUGCGAGAUCAACUACUCAGCGAUCCGCCUGGGCCUCUGUGAGGACCUGCGCUCCUGCGUGCAGUGCCAGGCGUGGGGCACCGGUGAGAAGAAGGGGCGCACGUGUAAGGAGUGCAGCUUCAAGGUCAAGAUGGUGGAUGAGCUUAAGAAAGCGGAGGAGGUGGUGGAAUACUGCUCCUUCCGGGACGAGGAUGACGACUGUACCUACAGUUACACCGUGGAGGGUGACGGCGCCCCCGGGCCCAACAGCACCGUCCUGGUGCAGAGGAGGAAGGACUGUCCUCCCGGCACCUUCUGGUGGCUCAUCCCCCUGCUCAUCUUCCUCCUGCUGCUCCUGGCACUGCUGCUGCUGCUCUGCUGGAAGUACUGUGCCUGCUGCAAGGCCUGCCUGGCCCUUCUCCCUUGCUGCAACCGAGGUCACAUGGUGGGUUUCAAGGAAGACCACUACAUGCUGCGGGAGAACCUGAUGGCCUCGGACCACCUGGACACGCCCAUGCUGCGCAGCGGGAACCUCAAGGGGCGGGACACGGUCCGCUGGAAGAUCACCAACAACGUGCAGCGGCCUGGCUUUGCCUCGCAUGCCGCCAGCAUCAACCCCACGGAGCUGGUGCCCUAUGGGCUGUCCCUGCGCCUUGCCCGCCUUUGCACUGAGAACCUGCUGAAGCCUGACACCCGAGAAUGUGACCAGCUGCGCCAGGAGGUGGAAGAGAAUCUGAACGAGGUGUACAGACAAAUCACAGGCGUGCACAAGCUCCAGCAGACCAAGUUCCGGCAGCAGCCCAACGCCGGGAAAAAGCAGGAUCACACCAUUGUGGACACGGUGCUGACGGCACCCCGCUCAGCCAAGCAGGCUCUGCUGAAGCUGACAGAGAAGCACGUGGAGCAGGGGGCCUUCCAUGAGCUCAAGGUGGCCCCCGGCUACUACACCCUCACUGCAGACCAGGACGCCCGGGGCAUGGUGGAGUUCCAGGAGCGUGUGGAGCUGGUGGACGUGCGGGUGCCUCUCUUCAUCCGGCCAGAGGACGACGAUGAGAAGCAGCUGCUGGUGGAGGCCAUCGACGUGCCUGUGGGCACUGCCACCCUCGGCCGCCGCCUGGUGAACAUCACCAUCAUCAAGGAGCAAGCCAGCGGGAUCGUGUCCUUUGAGCAGCCCGAGUACUUGGUCAGCGGCGGGGAGCACGUGGCCCGCAUCCCCGUGGUCCGGCGCAUCCAGGACAAUGGCAAGUCCCAGGUCUCCUACCGCACACAGGACAACACAGCGCAGGGCAACCGGGACUACAUACCCGCAGAGGGUGAGCUGCUAUUCCAACCUGGGGAGACCAAGAAGGAGCUGCACGUGAAGCUCCUGGAGCUGCAGGAGAUGGACUCCCUCCUGCGAGGCCGCCAGACCCGCCGCUUCUACAUCCAACUCAGCAAUCCCAAGUUCGGGGCCCGCCUGGGCCAGCCCCAGUCAGCCACUGUCAUCAUUGGAAACCGAGACGAACUGGACCUGAACUUCAUGAGCCAGACCCUGUCAUCACCCCCUCCCCCUCGGGGUGAACUGGGUGCCCCCCAGAACCCCAAUGCCAAGGCCACUGGGUCCCGGAAGAUCCACUUCAACUGGCUGCCCCCUCCUGGCAAGCCGACAGGGUACAGGGUGAAAUACUGGAUCCAGGGUGAUUCAGAGUCUGAAGCCCACCUGCUCGACAGCAAGGUGCCCUCGGUGGAGCUCACCAACCUCUACCCGUACUGUGACUACGAGAUGAAGGUGUGUGCCUACGGGGCACAGGGCGAGGGUCCCUACAGCUCCCUGGUGUCCUGCCGCACCCACCAGGAAGUACCCAGUGAGCCCGGGCGUCUGGCCUUCAAUGUCGUCUCCUCCACCGUGACCCAGCUGAGCUGGGCUGAGCCAGCCGAGACCAAUGGCGAGAUCACAGCCUAUGAGGUCUGCUAUGGCCUGGUCAAUGAGGACAAUCGACCCAUCGGGCCCAUGAAGAAGGUGCUGGUGGACGGCCCCAAGAGGCGGACACUGCUCAUUGAGAACUUGCGGGAGUCACAGCCAUACCGCUACACGGUCAAGGCUCGCAACGGGGCAGGCUGGGGGCCUGAGCGGGAGGCCAUCAUCAACCUGGCCACCCAGCCCAAGCGGCCCAUGUCCAUCCCCAUCAUCCCGGACAUCCCCAUCGUGGACGCCCAGAGUGGGGAAGACUACGAAAGCUUCCUCAUGUACAGUGAUGACGUGCUCCGCUCCCCGGCCAGCAGCCAGAGGCCUAGCGUCUCUGAUGACACUGAGCACCUGGUGAAUGGGCGGAUGGACUUUGCCUUCCCGGGCAGUGCCAACUCCCUGCACAGGAUGACCGUGAGCAACGCUGCCUACGGCACUCACCUGAGCCCGCAUCUGCCCCACCGCGUGCUGAGCACAUCCUCCACCCUCACUCGGGACUACCACUCACUGACCCGCACGGAACACUCGCACUCGACCACGCUGCCCAGGGACUAUUCCACCCUCACCUCCCUCUCCUCCCAGAGCCUCCCUCCCAUCUGGGAAGACGGGAGGAGCAGGCUUCCGCUGUCCUGGGCCCUGGGGUCCCGGAGUCGGGCUCAGAUGAAGGGGUUCCCUCGCUCUGGGGACUCACGAGACUCUAUAAUCCUGGCUGGGCAGCCAGCAGCGCCCUCCUGGGGCCCAGGCAGGGCCCAUACCCACUCUGAGGACAUUCGGGAGGUGCUGGGUGGCCUGGACAGGGUGUUGCAGGACUCCCGCUUGGCUGCAGGUGUGCCCAACACACCCACCCGCCUGGUGUUCUCAGCUCUGGGACCCACGUCUCUGAAAGUGAGCUGGCAGGAGCCGCAGUGCGAUCGGGUGCUGCAGGGCUACAGCGUGGAGUACCAACUGCUGAACGGCGGUGAGCUGCAUCGGCUCAGCAUCCCCAGCCCCAGCCAGACUGCAGUGGUGGUGGAAGACCUUCUGCCCAACCACUCCUACGUGUUCCGCGUGCGGGCCCAGAGCCAGGAAGGCUGGGGCCCAGAGCGUGAGGGUGUCAUCACCAUCGAGUCACAGGUGCACCCGCAGAGUCCACUCUGCCCCCUGCCAGGCUCUGCCUUCACUCUGAGCACGCCCAGUGCCCCUGGCCCACUGGUGUUCACGGCCCUGAGCCCAGACUCACUGCAGUUGAGCUGGGAGCGGCCUCGCAGGCCUGAUGGGGAUAUCCUCGGCUACCUGGUGACUUGUGAGAUGGCCCACGGAGGAGAGCCAGCCACCACGUUCCUAGUGGAUGGUGACAGCCCCGAGAGCCGGCUGACUGUGCCGGGCCUCAGCGAGAACGUGCCCUACAAGUUCAAGGUCCAGGCCAAGACCACCCAAGGCUUCGGGCCGGAGCGUGAGGGUAUCAUCACCAUCGAGUCCCAGGAUGGAGGCCCCUGCCCGCAGCUGGGCAGCCACGCGGGGCCCUUCCAGCACCUGCUGCCGGGGGAGUACAGCACCAUCACCAGCACCCACACCAGCACCGCCGAGCCCUUCCUGCUGGAUGGACUGACCCUGGGGUCCCAGCACCUAGAAGCAACUGGCUCUCUCACCCGCCAUGUGACUCAGGAGUUCGUGAGCCGGACACUGACCACCAGUGGAACCCUCAGCACCCAGGUGGACCAACAGUUCUUCCAGACCUGAGCUCCCCGCCCCCCUUCUCUCCUUGACGCUGCCUCAGCUACACCAUCCUUGGGCCCCCGGUGGCCCAGCCCACCCACAUGCUGAUUGCAGGGCUGGUGCCUCUGGCCACAGAGCAGGGGUAUGUGUCCUCUGGGAGGCAUGAAGUGGGCAGAGGUCCUGGAAGGCCCUUCUGGCUGCUCUCCUGCCCCAGACCCGAGCCCGUUUGUAACCAAAGAGCUGGAGCCAGCAUGACAAGGACCCAGCUUCGUUCUGCACUUAAUAAAAGAUUUUGCUACCA